GUUAUGCCACUCCGUGCCUAUUUGAGUGGAAAGGAGAAGGACUGCUGGUCCAAGCUUGGAUUUUCUAUCACUACGCAGUCCAUCUGUAAUUCUGCUUUGACUUUCAGCACCCGCAGAGAAGGGGAUUGCUGCUGAUCAGUUACAGCGAAGGUGCCAAUCAUCCCACAGAUAUAUCAUAUCGCCAGUGUGUCACCCGCCGAGCACCUUAGUACAACACUUAACUCGCAAGCUCUUCAACAGGCUGGACUCUCUGUGCUGCACCGUUGCUAUGGAAUAUCGAGGUGCUCACCUGGCUUUCCGCCGGCGAUGGAAGAAGACAGACAAUGACCUCUGUCGACACAGCAUGUCCUUUGUCCUGCACAACACUCUCAGGAAUGAGUUUUUUGCCAGCUAUCUCUACCUGCUGGAACAAAUCCCUCUAGUGAAGCUAUAUGCGGUGACAUGCGAGUACAUCAAUGGCGAGAAGCAGUUCUACGCACAAGCACAGGACUUCUACAAAACUGUCCCAGCAUCAGAGGAAGGCAUGAUGGGAGACUUCAUAGAGAUCUCUGAGAUUGACCUUGAAGGCUCCAGAGCAUUCCUGAAAAAGUUUGUUGGGGGCCCUGGCAAAGCUGGCACCAAAUGUGCCUUGGACUGUGGCUGUGGGAUUGGAAGGGUCUCCAAGAACGUCCUCUUUCCUGUGUUUGAGACACUGGAGAUGGCAGACAUGAUGGAGGACUUCUUGAACCAUGCCCACGAAUGCUACCUGGGCGAUGACGCUGAUCGUGUCGAGUGCUACUACUGCUACAACCUGCAGGAUUUCACGCCCCCCCUCAAUAAGUACGACGUCAUCUGGAUGCAAUGGGUGGCAUGUCACCUGACCGAUAAAGAUCUGAUGGAGUUUCUCAUCAGAUGCAAAGCCAGUCUGAGGCCAAAUGGAAUCAUAGUCAUCAAAGACAACAUGGCCAGGCAGGGUUGCAAGCUGGAUCCCAUUGACAGCAGCCUGAUCAGGCACCUAGACAUUGUAAAAAACAUCAUAUACAAAGCUGGUCUGGAGAUACUAGGCGUUGAGAGGCAGCAGGGCUUCCCUGAGCAGAUAAUCCCAGUGUGGAUGAUUGCUAUGAAGUAGUGACCUUUAAAGAAUGACCUGCUUUAUGCACAGAUCCAAAUACAUAUGUAUACUCACAUAAAAUGGACUCACGGAGCUGAAAACUCUAAUUCAUUUUGUCAGGUGCAGACUGAUCUCAAACGCUGCAGUAACAUUUUGUUUUUCAGUGCGAAAAAAUGACGUUGGUUCACUUCAACAAUUUUAUUUUUUCCUAGCCAUUCCCACAUGCGAAAACAUUUCCAUUCCUAUAAUCCAUAGAAGUAAUUUAGGCAGAGGUAAUAAUAUUAAACUGAGGUUUUAUGUCUCCAUGGAAUAGCACUGUGAGAUGCAUGUAAACAGAGUGGACAAUAUAACUGAUGCAUAUAACUACAUGGUCACUGCAUAUUGCAAGUAUUCAAAUUUUUCAUAUCCACUAUUGCUAUAAUUCUUAUAUGUUCUUAUGAAAAAAGUUGUUAUUUGGAAAUUCAUAGAAACAGGAGAAAGUAUGAAGUAAAAAACCAUAAUUUUGUUUACCAGUUACAAUUUUUAGAAAAUUACACCAUAUAUCAGAACUUAGAGUACUAUCUUUGUGCCAGUUUUCAAGCAGAAGUCUAUGAAAGUAACGAAAACUGUUUUUAAAACUUAAGAUGAAAGUUAUGUCUUUUCAGACAGUGUAAGUUGCUCUGAAAUGGCACAUCAUGUACUCUGCCAUCUGUUUUAAACUAAAAUGUACAGAUUCGAUGCAAAAUCUCACCAUUUUUACUUUCAUGGAAAAAUUUUUAUUUUUGAGAA